CUCCUCGCUGGAGGGAUGUGGCGUCUACCCCGGGCCGCCGUGGCCUGUGAGGUCUGCCAAUCCUUAGUGAAACAUAGCUCUGGAAUAAAAGGAAGACUACCACUACAAAAAGUGCAUCUGGUUUCACGAAGUAUUUACCAUUCACGUCAUCCUACCUUAAAGCUUCAAAGACCCCACUUCAGGACAUCAUUUCAGCAGUUUUCCUCUUUAACUAACCUUCCUUUACGUAAAUUGAAACUUUCUCCAGUUAAAUAUGGCUACCAGCCCCGCAGGAAUUUUUUGCCAGCGAGAUUAGCUGCAAGACUCUUAAAACUUCGAUAUCUCAUACUGGGAUCUGCUGUCGGGGGUGGCUAUACAGCCAAAAAGACUUUUGAUCAAUGGAAAGAUAUGAUACCAGACCUUAGUGACUAUAAAUGGAUUGUGCCUGACAUUGUUUGGGAGAUUGAUGAGUAUAUUGAUUUAGAGAAAAUUAAAAAAGCCCUUCCUAAUUCAGAGGACCUUGCAAAGUUGGCUCCUGACUUUGACAAGAUUGUUGAAAGCCUCAGCUUAUUGAAGGACUUUUUCACCACAGGUCACAAAUUGGUUAGUGAAGUCAUAGGAGCUUCUGACCUACUUCUCUUGUUAGGUUCAUCUGGAGAAACCACAUUUAGAGCUACAGAUCAUGGAUCUGAAAGUGACAAGCAUUAUAGAAAGGGUCUGCUUGGUGAGCUCAUUCUCUUACAACAGCAAAUUCAAGAACAUGAAGAAGAAGCACGCAGAGCUGCUGGCCAAUAUAGCACGAGCUAUGCCCAACAGAAGCGCAAGGUGUCAGACAAAGAGAAAAUUGACCAACUUCAAGAAGAACUUCUGCAUACUCAGUUAAAGUACCAGAGAAUCCUGGAACGCUUGGAAAAGGAGAACAAAGAAUUGAGAAAAUUAGUGUUGCAGAAAGAUGACAAAGGCAUCCAUCAUAGAAAGCUUAAGAAAUCUUUGAUUGACAUGUAUUCUGAAGUUCUUGAUGUUCUCUCUGAUUAUGAUGCCAGUUAUAAUACCCAAGAUCAUCUGCCAAGGGUUGUUGUAGUUGGAGAUCAGAGUGCUGGAAAAACUAGUGUGUUGGAAAUGAUUGCUCAAGCACGAAUAUUCCCACGAGGCUCUGGGGAGAUGAUGACGCGUUCUCCAGUGAAGGUGACUCUGAGUGAAGGUCCUCACCAUGUGGCCUUGUUUAAAGAUAGUUCUCGAGAGUUUGAUCUUACCAAAGAGGAAGAUCUUGCAGCAUUGAGACAUGAAAUAGAACUUCGAAUGAGGAAAAAUGUGAAAGAAGGCUGUACUGUUAGCCCUGAGACUAUAUCCUUAAAUGUAAAAGGCCCCGGACUACAGAGGAUGGUGCUUGUUGACUUACCGGGUGUAAUUAAUACUGUGACAGCAGGCAUGGCUCCUGACACGAAGGAAACUAUUUUCAGUAUGAGCAAAGCUUAUAUGCAGAAUCCUAAUGCCAUCAUCCUAUGUAUUCAAGAUGGAUCUGUGGAUGCUGAACGCAGCAUUGUCACAGACUUGGUCAGUCAAAUGGAUCCUCAUGGAAGAAGGACAAUAUUUGUUUUGACCAAAGUAGACCUGGCAGAGAAAAAUGUGGCUAGUCCAAGCAGGAUUCAGCAGAUAAUUGAAGGAAAACUCUUCCCAAUGAAAGCUCUAGGUUAUUUUGCUGUUGUAACAGGAAAAGGAAACAGCUCUGAAAGCAUAGAAGCAAUAAGAGAAUAUGAAGAAGAAUUUUUUCAGAAUUCAAAACUCCUAAAGGCAAGCAUGCUAAAGGCACACCAAGUGACUACAAGGAAUUUAAGCCUUGCCGUGUCAGAUUGCUUUUGGAAAAUGGUACGAGAGUCCGUUGAACAACAAGCUGAUAGUUUCAAAGCAACACGUUUUAACCUUGAAACGGAGUGGAAGAAUAACUAUCCUCGCCUGCGAGAACUUGACCGGAACGAACUAUUUGAAAAAGCUAAAAAUGAAAUCCUCGAUGAAGUUAUCAGUCUGAGCCAGGUUACACCAAAACAUUGGGAGGAAAUCCUUCAGCAAUCUUUGUGGGAAAGAGUGUCUACUCAUGUGAUUGAAAACAUCUAUCUUCCAGCUGCACAGACCAUGAAUUCAGGAACUUUUAAUACCACAGUGGAUAUCAAGCUUAAACAGUGGACUGAUAAACAGCUUCCUAAUAAAGCAGUAGAGGUUGCUUGGGAGACCCUACAAGAAGAAUUUUCCCGCUUCAUGACAGAACCAAAAGGAAAAGAGCAUGAUGACAUAUUUGAUAAACUUAAAGAGGCGGUUAAGGAAGAAAGUAUUAAACGCCACAAGUGGAAUGAUUUUGCAGAGGACAGUUUGAGGGUCAUUCAACACAAUGCUUUAGAAGACCGGUCCAUAUCUGAUAAACAGCAGUGGGAUGCAGCUAUCUAUUUCAUGGAAGAGGCUCUUCAGGCUCGUCUCAAGGACACUGAAACUGCAAUUGAAAACAUGGUGGGUCCAGAUUGGAAAAAGAGAUGGUUAUACUGGAAGAAUCGGACCCAAGAACAGUGUGUUCACAAUGAAACCAAGAAUGAAUUGGAGAAGAUGCUGAAAUGUAAUGAGGAGCACCCAGCUUAUCUCGCAAGUGAUGAGAUAACGACAGUCCGAAAGAACCUCGAGUCCCGAGGAGUAGAAGUAGAUCCGAGCUUGAUUAAGGACACCUGGCACCAAGUUUAUAGAAGACAUUUCUUAAAAACAGCCCUAAACCAUUGUAACCUUUGUCGAAGAGGCUUUUAUUACUACCAGAGGCAUUUUGUAGAUUCAGAGCUGGAGUGCAAUGAUGUUGUCCUGUUUUGGCGAAUACAGCGCAUGCUUGCAAUCACCGCGAAUACUUUACGGCAACAACUUACAAACACUGAAGUCAGGCGAUUAGAGAAAAAUGUUAAGGAAGUAUUGGAAGAUUUCGCUGAAGAUGGAGAGAAGAAGGUUAAAUUGCUUACUGGUAAACGAGUUCAACUAGCUGAAGACCUCAAGAAAGUUAGAGAAAUUCAAGAAAAACUUGAUGCUUUUAUUGAAGCUCUUCAUCAAGAAAAAUAAAUUGUAAUAAAAUACUACUCCUAAUAUCAUCACCCCUGCAUAUAUCGAAGAAAGAAAGCUCCAAAGUCCUUUGUCCUGCCUUUUUUCCUUCUUCUAUCCCACCUUUCUAAACAUAAAAUAAAGUCACAGGAUAAAAAUAAUGUAUGUGUGUUAGAGGCACUUUAACCACCAGCUGCCUUUGGACUAGAGCAGGACAAGUGGCGUUGACGUCCUGUUUCACUCUAUUGAAGUGACAGGUGGGAUAUGUAAGUGGUAUGACCAUUAGGGUCAGUCCUAAAGGUAAGAAGCUUGCUCUCCUGCUUGUCUCAUGCGCGGUGGCACCAGUUCAGCUCGUACAUUCGCUGAUGUCGCUCCAUGUCAGCUUCUUUUCCAGACAAAGAACGCUAGGUGUUGUGAAAUAAAACUUAGGGCAAUUUUCUAAAAGCUGUCACCUGUAUAUAAAAGGAUGGUAACCCGCUAAGUUGUCUGUAUCUAUAAGGUUCUGUAUCCAGAAACCAUGAUAAUUCAGUUCAUAUUCGUCACAUGAAGAAAACAAAUAAAAGAACCCCUCACCUGGGUGAUUGGGAUUACAGCAAUUCCACGUACAUUCUGUGAAAGAGAUUUCAACCCUCCAUUGACAGCUUACAGGGUUGCCUUAGAAGCUGAGUCAUUAGCAGCUUACCUAUUUGAUUCAGUUGAUGUUUUUGUACUCUUCGUAUCCAUUUGAAAUUCAUUCAUUUUGGAUGUUGUAUACUUAAGCUAGGCUUUCUACUAACAGUGGUUUUUUUUUACCUGUUGACAAAGCUAUUGGAUUGUGACAGGACAGGAAAGAUUAAGAAUAAUCAGUUGACUGAUUACAUUUAGACUGUUGUCAAACAUUUUAACUAGGCAUCAGGAAAAGGCUCUCUUUCAUGGGACUAUAUUUAAAUAGAAAUUAUUUCAACAACUAGAAUAAUAUUGAGCAUCCCCCUCUUACCGGAACAUUUAAAGAAAAAUUCAGAGUUUAAUUUAGCAAUUCAACUACAAUAAUACCCUCAGAAUUUUUAUGUUUUAUAUAAAUAUUUCUUAUUGGCUGAAGGACUUGAAAGCAAAGAAAUAUGCCAUUUUUUAAAAUUUAAAAUGUCUUUCUCAAUUAACUCUGCUCUCUACUGCCCUUUCAUUAAGCCUUUAUUAUUCUAAUAUAAAGGCCUAUUGUGUGACAGUUUUUAUUUUACAAUUUACUUAAUUUUACAAAUUUCUUGGAAUUAUGUUUUGGUAACAGUUUCCUUGCCACCCAGCAUUAUUUUUUUUUAAAGUUUAACAUCAAUACAUACUUCUUUGUGGUCUCUCUUGAGGUCUGGCCCUGCAUACGCAGGUGUGAAGGCUGUCACAACCUGCUUCAGCACCGUGAGCCCGGGGAGCGCUUGCUUGACACUGGGUGGUGAGCAGCCCCAGCUCUCGGCAGCCAGGCGCGGUGCACUGGUGCUUGGUAGACGAGUGGUCGAGAGCAUUUCCUGUCUGAGACUCAGGGGUAGUGGGCGAAAGGAAAGGGAGCUCCCCAGGGACAGGACCUCCCUGGUUACCUCCCUCCGACCAGUGCUGGCCAGUGGGUUAACCCCGCACUGAGGCAGACGUCAUGCAAUUAUUAAUUCUUUUGCAGUUGUUAAACACAACCACUUUACAAAUACAAAUCUAUUUCUGAAUCAAAAAGGAAAUAGAACUAUAUUUAUUUCUGUGAGCUCUAGAUGGGGGAAAUGCCCUCAAUUGCAUUUCCACUGAUUUUUCCCAAGCAAAAGGCUAAUAUUAUGUAAGGACUUUUAUCACAUCCCUUUGUAUAAAUUUAAGAAAGGACGCUGGCCGGUUUGGCUCAGCGGCUGGAGCAU